GAUUGUUGAUACAUCGAUACAUCGAAAAAUUCAUAUUUUAUUUCAUUUCAUCAUCGACGCAUAUCAUAAAAUGGUUUUCAUUGCUGUUCAUAGUGGUGCCGGAUUUUAUGGAUCACAAAAACGUGAAAAAUUUUUAGAUGUCUGUUCGAAAGCUUGCGAAGCUACAAUAAAAGAAUGGAAAAAUGAUUCCACUGCAAUCGAUGGUGUUGUAGAAGCAAUAUCAUAUCUUGAAAAUGAAAUAAUAACAAAUGCUGGAUUAGGAUCUAAUCUUAAUUUAGGUGGUUAUGUUGAAUGUGAUGCUUGUUUGAUGGAUGGAAAAGAUCUUUUAUUUGGUUCGGUUGGUGCAAUUCAAUCCAUUCGAAAUCCAAUAAAAGUUGCCAAUUUGAUUCUAAAUAAUCAAAGAUAUAAACCUCCUCUUGGAUUGAUUGCACCAAAUUUUCUUGCUGGAGAAGGUGCAAAGAAAUUUGCUAUUUCUAAUGGUUUACAAGAAUUUGAUUUGAUUUCAGGAAAAUCUUUGAAUAUUUUCAACAAAUAUAAACGACAACUUGAUGAAUGUGAGCCAAUAUCGAUUGAUAAAAAACAUAAACAAUAUGAUACGGUUGGUGCUGUUUGUAUUGAUGAUAAUAACUGUCUUGCAUCCGGAGUAUCUAGUGGUGGAUUAAUUCUUAAAAAAGAAGGUCGAAUUGGACAAGCAUCAAUUAUUGGUUCAGGUUGUUGGUCCGAAAGUAAUGCAGCUGUUACAACUAGUGGAAUCGGUGAAUAUCUGAUUCGAACUUCAUUGGCAAGAAAAACGAUUGAAAAUUUAAUUGAAAAAAAUGAUGAUGAUAAUGAUACAUCAACUAUAGUUGAAAAAUUGGUUAAAAUUUUUCAUAAUGAUUUUUUCGGAUCACCAUUAAUGAAAAAUAUUCCACGUGAAGAUCAUUUGGCUGGAAUUAUGGGAUUAUCCAAUGAUUCGAAUAAUAUUGAAUUAUUUUGGGCACAUAGUACUAAAUCAAUGUGUAUUGGUUAUAUGGAUACAGCAUUUACAUCUGGUAAAUCAUUUAUAUCGGAUUUAGAUUGUUCAUCUAAACCUGGUUUAUCAGUUAUUGUAUAUCUUUAAUUGAAACUGUUGCACUACCACGUUUUGCUGGUAUUGGUUGUGAAGGAUGUGGUUUCCAUCCAAUAAAAUAAAAUAUUUGAAAUGUAG